ACUCUCUGAUAAUCAGUCGCGACAAAAUUUCACCCCAGAAGGGAUGUACAACUCGACGCCCAUGAUCGGCUCAGAUUGCGGAAUCGUCGUAUAGGGGGCAAACUCGUUCAUUUCAUUGCCGUCAUAGAUCGUACUUUUACAAGCAGGACAUCGACGUUUUAAGUCGGGACUCAAGAUUACCAUGACGGUCACGACGCCCAAUGGUCCGGACAGUUCGACGUGCUGAGAUGUUACUUUUCAGGCUGCCAGAAAAGCGCUACUCACUGUUCAAGACGGACGGACUGACCGACCCAAUUUCAAUCAAGUGUUUCUCACCGCCAGCUUCAAAUUCAGUGGCCAGAUAUACGGAGACGAGCAGUGCUGUUUAGCGCGGAACGGAAGAAGCUGGUCUGUGCGGCUAGGGCAACGGGAAACAUAAAUUGGAACGUCGAUUCUGGUGCAACCACCCCACCAGCUACAAACCCCUGUCUGAGACUGGUUGGAAGGACUUCACCAGCCAUGACGUCGGCAAACUGGAACAACAAAACCUUUGCAUUAAGGACUUGAAUUGGAUUGAAGAGUUGGAAUCGCGGUGAUCGGCCCUACAAUUGCUGCCACUCUGAUUGACAGGACGGUCAUGUUUGAUCAUCUACAGCCUUUUCCGCUCAAAUUCAACUUGCAAAAUCAUUGUGAACGAACGAAGGCAAAGGACAACCCGAUUGAAUACUCAUUGCAACGUCUCGCCGAACAGAACUACUCCGACUCCUUAGAACCGAGGAAUAGCAGCUGCCAGCCCUGUCCGGAUUCACCUCCGUUCGAGUUUGGAUCGCAGGGGUAUUCCCAGUGCGGCGUCCCAGAGACAGGUGCUUCGAACGUGUGGAAAUUGAGUUAUGAAGCAAAGCGUCAUUUGCUGCUCACCGUCGCUCUUCAGCGGUGCAAACGCUCUUUGGCUGUGGAUACAUUGAAUGCUUGAAACGAGCCAGGGCAAAGUCGUUAAUCGUACACUAACAAAGUCUCGUUGAGGGCUUGCCCGCCCAAGUGGUAGCAACCCCAUCUAAGAGGAACUGGGGAAAAAGGUAAGCAUAAAUCCAGUUCUUGGGGUUGUGCGGCGUAGUUCUGAUAUUUCUCUGUGGCUAGCUUGCUGUUGGGCGAUAGAACGACGCGCUACCCCUGACGGCAAUGAAGAAAACGGCGAACAUAGUUUCAUAGGGCAGCCCUUCUUUCCUGAUGGUGGGGAGCAUACUCAAGAUCGAAGGUACGCCUUCAAGCCACCAGUGGAGUGGAAACCUACACGGACGUCGCGGUUCACGGACAAAUGCGUAGGGGGUGUGAGAAGGGAAAAUGGGGGAGAACAGUGAUCUUGGCUGAGACGGGGACUUCAUUGGCAAAAUGGGAUGGCACAUCACGAUAGAAUUGUAGCUGAUGAUCGUACCAAGUAGGAUUUAGUCUCAUACUGCUCAUGUUACAGCCACUUCUUCAACCUUCCGGGUCUUCAGUCACCGUAGUUUAAGUCCUCUAGUACGUGGUCAAUGAAGGAAAAUGACGUCCUAGACAGAAGCCCGCUGCCGAGGAGACUUGUGUAUACUAAGUGGCGAACUCAUGCCACUGCUGGAGCUCGAAUGGCGACUCGAAGGGGCAUUCACCUGGACCUCUCCCUCGCACUCCCUCGCCGCUUGGUUGAUGUUCAAAUCUGGCAACAAACUUGCGCGCUUUCACGAUCGUCGUGGGCAGAUUGAAAAGCUCAGUUGGGGAGCCAAUGACGUGUGUAUAUAUUGGAAAUUGAGUCAAGGGAAUCAAGUUGUACGAACGGAAGAACUUGGGAAGAA